GCGAGCAGCGAUUGCUUGGCCGUUGUAGCGCGCGGAAAGCCGGAGGCGGCUGUACCAUGAGCCAGGACGAAAGAUUUGCUUUCAUUGCAGAGUGGUAUGAUACAAAUGCUUCACUUUUCCGACGUUAUGAGCUGUUGUAUUAUCCUAAAGAUGGGUCAGUGGAGAUGUAUGACAUGAAGAACCGCUGCAGAUUCCUGAAUCGCACCAAAUACGAAGAUUUGCAGUUUAAAGAUCUGUUUGUGGGCAACAAAAUCACUAUCUUCUCGCGUCACCUCAACUUGGUUGACUAUGGAGAUCAAUAUACCUCCCGCAUGUUGGGCAGCUGCAAACAAAGAACCUUGGCUUUAUUGAAGCCCGAUACAGCACUCAAACUUGGGGAAGUCAUCGAUAUGAUUAUUAAUGCUGGUUUUACAAUAACUAAGGCCAAAAUGAUGAAACUUACAAGGGGAGAAGCAAUUGAUUUCUAUGCAGAACACCAAGCUAAGCCUUAUUACAAUGAGCUUCUUGAGUUUAUGACAAGUGGCCCUGUUGUUGCUAUGGAGAUCUUGGGUGAUGAUGCCAUAUUUAAAUGGAAAAAUUUAUUAGGACCUGCAAACUCUGCUGUGGCCCGAACUGAUGCUCCAAACAGCGUUAGAGCAUAUUUUGGAACCGAUGGCAUAAGAAAUGUGGCUCACGGCCCUGAUUCCUUUGCUUCUGCAGCAAGAGAACUGGAGCUGUUCUUUCCUUCCAAUGGAGGCCGUGGACCUGCAAACACUGCAAAAUUUACACACUGUACCUGUUGCGUUAUUAAGCCUCAUGCGAUUAAAGAAGGUCUGACCGGGAAGAUUAUAAGAGCAAUACUUGACGGAGGAUUUGAAAUCUCAGCCUUGCAAAUGUUCUAUAUGGACCGUGCAAAUGCAGAAGAAUUCUAUGCAAUUUACAAAGGUGUUGUUGCUGAAUAUUCUGAGAUGAUUGUAGAACUCUGCUCAGGACCCUGUAUAGCUCUAGAGAUAAGACAGUUAGAUCCUGCAAAAGCAUUCAGAGAUUUCUGUGGGCCUUCUGAUCCCGAAAUUUCCCGUUAUCUCCGUCCUGGCACACUCCGUGCUGUCUAUGGUAAAAACAAGAUCCAGAAUGCUGUUCACUGCACAGAUCUUCCAGAGGAUGGUCUUUUGGAGGUCCAGUAUUUUUUCAACAUCUUGGAUAGCUAACCAGAAAACACAGAAUUAUGGGGCAUAAACCACUUACAAAAACAAGCUACAGGUUGGGAGAUGUGUGUUUAUUCAUUUAUUGUCCAAUGUUUUAACCUGACUGAAAUACAAGAUCAACAAGAGCACUGUACUCCUGGCUAUUACAUAUGUUAGAACAUAGAGUUUUGCACUUUAGACAACAUUUAACACCAGUUGAUGGGGUAACUGCAUUGCUUCUCAUAAAGUUUAAAAUAAAGAUUUAUUUUCAAA